AUGCUCAUGGAGAAGAUACAACUGCUGGACAAACUUAGGAGUGGCCAAAGCUUUGCCGCGUGUGGUCCUAUGGCGUCAAUAAGUCAACUGUCCCCUACAUCAAGAAGUAAGAGGGAUAUUCGUAAUACUGUUGCCCUAAGUGCCCCCUCUUCUGCCAAGGUAGCCGCUAAUAAGAUCUACAAUCUGCACAACUUGAAGAUCACUGGUGAGUCAACCUUAGUGGAUGAUGUAGCAGCAAGGGAAUAUCCUGCGAUCUUUGCUGAGAUUAUCCGGGAAAAGGGUUACAAGCCGGAGCAGGUUUUCAACGCUGACAAGACUGGCUUGUGGCGGAAGAAGAUGCCAGCCAAGGACAUUCAUUUCCAGGGAGGAAAGGAGUGCACCGGGCUUCAAGGACACAUGAUCAAGCCCAUGCUGCUGUACCGUGUCAAGUGUCCGUGUGCACUCAAGAAAAAAGACAUGCACCUCCUCCCAGUCUUCUACCACCACAACAAGAAAGCCUGGAUGAUGGCAGCGUUAUUCGCCGACUGGUUUCAGAAUUGUUUUGUGAGGCAGGUCAAGGAUUACCUGCAGGAUAAAGGUUUGGAGUUCAAGGUCCUUCUCGUGAUCGACAACUGCCUUGGCCACUCCGAGGCCCCCAAGGUUGCCCAAAAAAACAUUAAGGUGAUCUUUCUGCUCAAGAAAACAACAACAUUGCUCCAAACAAUCGACCCAGGACUCAUUGCUGUAUUCAAGGCCAAGUACAUGACCCGCACCUUCAGCAGGAUACAACAAGCCUUGGACAAGGACACACAGGAUAGUGCUGAGUCAAAGCAGGAAAUGUGGAAGAAGUUAUCCAUUGCAGACUGCAUCUCCUUCAUCAAGCAGUGCCAUGAUGACCUGACAGCCCUGUGUUAA